AUGAAGAAAUAUGCGAAAAAGCCUGUAGAGCAGGAACAGCCAGAGAAACUAUCAGCUGUCGAAGAACUGAGGUUAUUGAAAGAAGCUCUAGCAGCAGAAAGUAAAGAUAGCUCUGAUUCUGGAGGAUCAAAGGGAGCCAGCGACGAGAACACAUUCGAUGAAGAUGCCGAUAAAGAAAGGCGUCGUAAACGACUAGAGCGUAACACACGGAUAGGAGGAAUAAUCCUUCUUGGAGGCAGCGUUGCUGGUCUUGUAGCCUUCUGUUUAUACUAUGGACGCAGCAAACGCGACGAAUCUGGAAAGGUCAUCCCUGACGAAUUUACUGGCUCAUGGUUGGCACCUUUCUACCGCAUCGCUAACAGCUUCCGUUUAUGGAGGGAUUUUGUUGUUGAACCAGCUAGAGAGCAGCUCCUUCCCGAUCCACUCCCUCAUCCUUAUAUUCAACCAAGAUACACUCUAGUAAUUGAAAUGAAAAAUGUUUUGGUACAUCCCGAUUGGACAUACAAAACUGGCUACAGGUAAUU